CACCAGUCUCACCUCAUUCAAUCCUUAAUACCUAACAAACAGACAGCUGGGUCAGACAGAAAUAUGUACUCAGAGCAUGAGUGCGGAAUUUGUUACCAGACCUAUAACGCAGGUCUGCGGUGUCCCCGGAAGCUCCACUGCCACCACAGCUUCUGUGAGAGCUGCCUCCUGGCCCUGUCCCGACCCCAGGCAGCCGACCAGGAGCGUCUGGGAGCGGAGCGAGUCAUCGUCUGCCCGCUGUGCCGACACACUACCACCAUCUCCGGGGAGAGGAAGGUGAGAGCCGAGCUGAGGGUGGACGAGGGCGUCCUGGAGGGGCUGUUGCUCUCAGGAGUCCUCGACAGAGAGGAAGAGGAGGAGGAGGACAUAGAGGAGGCGAAGAGUCACGUUCAGAACAGCUGUGACGACACCGAGGAGCUGUAUGAUCUCAUAGCCGAGGAGAGCGACUUCUCCUCGGGCUCCAGAGGCGGGAGGCUCCGGCGGUCCUGUUGGAAAGUUUGGAGGCUGAUUAUCGGGAAAAACUCACGGCGGAGGGACAGAGAAACAGACUUUAUGAACAGCGAUGACCUGAGGAACUUCGCAAUGAUGUCCUGCAACAUGUUUUAAAGGAGUCUACAACUACGGAUACCCUGGAUGAUGUGAUAUAUAUUUUCAACGGCUCCUCUUCGCAACAUGGACUUGAUGAUGAUGAUGAUGAUGAUGAUGAAAACUUGCUGGCACAUAGUCAACACUGCUCUUCAUCUUUCUGAUCGCUUGUUUUAUACAAUGACCACUACGCAGCUGCUGUUGCACUCAAAUGAGAAAAACAACUUGAGUACUUGUGAAUUGCCAAACUGGACCAGUUAAAGCCCUUUAAUGCACUGAUAUAUGUGAUAUUUAUUUAUUGUUUUCAUUAAUGUAUUUUACUUUUGACAUAUUUGUAAUAUAUUUAUGUAGAAAAUAAAUUAUUUUAA